AUGGCUGCUCUUCUCUCCAGUACUAGGCUACUUGAUCCAGUAGUAGUUGACGAUAUUGAAGAAGAUAGAGAAAGCUUUGAUAACGGUGCUGCUAGUUCGAGACCAAAAGAGCCAUGGAAAGCAGAGUAUGCCAAGAGCAUUCUGUAUGCUGGUCUCGAUGCCAUUGUCACUUGCUUCUCUCUAAUCUCUUCCAUCUCCGCCAGCCGUCUAACUUCCGCGGACGUGCUGGUGCUAGGAUUUGCAAAUCUGGUGGCAGAUGGGAUAUCUAUGGGAGUUGGAGAUUUUUUGUCCAGCAGCAGCGAAAAGGAUGUUGCCGCCAAAGAAAUGGCGGUGACGGAAUGGGAUGUCACAAAUCACGGCGGCCUUGAGAAGAUGGAGUUGCUCCAAAAGUAUCAAGCACUUGGGAUGGACGUUGAUGAUGCCGCCACGGUUGUUAGCAUUUUUGCGAAGUACAAUGACAUCUUGGUGCACGAGAAAAUGAUGGCUUAUGGAAGGCUACCGCCAGAAGAAGCAGAAAAGCCAUGGAAGAACGGCCUUGUAACAUUUGCUGCCUUCCUUGUCUUUGGCACUGCUCCUCUCCUGUCUUUUAUUGUCCUCAUCCCAUUUACGAACAGUGACUUGGUUAAGUUUGUUGGUGCUUGUAUCCUCUCUGCGCUUGCACUCACGCUUCUUGGAAUUGUAAAGGCCAAGAUUGCAGGCCAGAACUAUGCUUUCUCUGUGGUAGUGACUCUCUUCAAUGGUGCUGCCGCCGCAGCUGCCGCUUAUGUCGUUGGAUGGACACUGAACAAUAUAGCUGGCCUAGAAGGUUGA